AGCCCUGGAGGAAAACCACAGGCUGCCUGAGGCUGCUCCUGGGGCCCGCGGUGGGACGGGCCAGGCGAGGCUGGUCAGCCGGCAGGACGGGGAUGGCGGAGCGCUCGGGCAGCGGUGCGGGCCUCCUGGCCAAGCAGAUGCAGAAGAAAUUCAGCCGGGCCCAGGAGAAGGUGCUUCAGAAACUGGGGAAAAUAGCAGAAACCAAAGAUGAACGUUUUGAACAGGCUGCUCAAAACUUCUACCAGCAGCAGACUGAAGGCCAAAAACUAUACAAGGACUUGAAACAUUUCCUUGAUGCUGUCAAAGUGAUGCACGAUAGCUCGAUGAGACUGUCCCAGACUCUACAGGAGAUCUACAGCUCUGAGUGGGAGGGCUACAGGGACCUGAAAGUCAUUGCAGUGAAUAAUAAUCUCCUUUGGGAAGACUAUGAAGAGAAACUGGCUGACCAGGUCGUGAGAACUAUGGAGAACUACAUUUACCAGUUCAGCGAAGUUAAGGAGAGAAUUUCCAAGCGAGGUCGGAAACUGGUAGAUUAUGACAGUGCCCGCCACCACCUCGAGGCCGUACAGAAUGCCAAGAAGAAGGACGAGGCUAAAAUCCUCAAGGCAGAGGAGGAGUUCCAAAAAGCCCAGACAGUGUUUGAGGACCUGAACCGGGAGCUACGGGAAGAGCUGCCUAUUCUCUACAGCAGCCGCAUUGGCUGCUAUGUGACCAUCUUCCAGAACAUCUCCAACCUCAGAGAUGUUUUCUAUAAGGAAAUGAGCAAGCUGAACCAUGACCUAUAUGAAGUGAUGAGCAAACUGGAGAAGCAAUAUUCCAGCAAAGUCUUUGUGGUCAAGGGAGUAUCCAAGCACCGAGGCUCCUUGGUCAUCUCAUCUCCCAUACCUAGAUCCAGUAUUUCCUUAACCUCUGGGGAGGGCAGCCCUCUGGCCUCCCCCAGCAGUCCUUCUCCUACAGAUUCUUCUCCCAGAAGUCUGUCUCCUGCAAGCCCCCCUCCCAGAAGUCCCUCUCCUGUGAUACCCAUUGCCACAAGCCCUUCUUCCACCAACACCUCCCUCCUUUGCUUGAAGAAGGAAAGAGAAUCAGUCUUUGAAGAAGAAAAGGCUCCAGACGUGGAGCUCGCCCAGAAGGAAGAUUUCCCUGAAUUCCAGGAGGACCCCUUUGAUGAAGAGAAGACAGGGGACAAGGAUCACCCCAGUGUUGAGGAAAAGUUUGUGCCUCCCUGCAAUGGUCCGGCUGGGUCCCGACCCUCUUCUGUGGCUGAAGAUGAGCCGCAAGCCGGAGGCCCCCCUCCUGACCUGGCCCCUGUCUCCACGGGAGUCCCACCUUCUCCCAAGGAUAAAGAAUCAGGCCCAAGGGAGAGAGCACCCAAUUUCCAAUCUGUGAUGGUAGCUGGUGAGGCAUCUCCUCCCGAGCUCCAGGGCCCGGGGCCCUGCCCUGAUCCCAAACCAGCUGAGCCACCCGGUGCUGGCACACCUGGCCUCAGCUCAGGGGACAGCAACGCCAGAAGCUUGGAGCAGCGCUUCCCUGCGCCACCCGUCAGGCAGGUUUCUUAUGAACUUGGUACAAAAGAAGAGGUAAAUAGUGAGGAAAGCAAGAACUUAGACCAGAGCAAGAAGCGGGAUUCAGACAUUUCCCUUCAGGUGAAGGAAUGUCCGAAUGAAGAAGAAAAUUGAGUGAGAACUUUGGCCAUGAUCCCCACACCUUCCCUGGCCAGCUUCCCAAACGGGGAAGUGCCAGUUGUGGGAACAAGAAGCCAGCUGGUCCAGGAGGCCACAGUCCAGUCGGCCUCCCACUCUGGCAGUGUGAAUGCUGGCCCUCAGGGGAGUCGGGGAAGAAAGUUUGACCCAGAAAAUAGUUCAUCCAAACUGGGGAGUUGUUAGCAUGAUAAAAAGCUGGUUUUGAUUUUCUUUUUAGUGAAGGGGGGUUUAGGGAUUGGAACAAAAAGCACACACAUCACAGAGACUUCUGUAUUCAUAUAGAAACACAUACUGUGAUGGAGAUUAAAACAGUUGUGCAUGAUUUAAAGGCCAGAAGGUCAGUUUUCAGUGUUAAAGACAAAUAAAUAUAUUUCUGUUUAAUUCAACAAA